UAAUAAUAAAUAAGCCUUCGAUUUUCGAUUUGAUUCAGAGAACCUAAGAGAUAUAAAUAAGCCAUAAUAAGGAUUCGAUUCGGAAAAGAAGAAAAGACAUUCAACAAACAACGCAAUGGGUAUUCCGUCGGAACUGAGGGACAUGUUGUUGCCCAACAAAAAGGGCGUCCUCGUUGCCUCUCCCGCAGAGGACAGGAAGACUUUGAGGUCCAAGCAAUGCACUAGGGAAGGUGUGCGAGCUGGAUUCAAGGCUGCUUCCAUUGCUGGUGUUGCCAGUGCUGUGCCUACAUUGGCUGCAGUUCGUAUGAUUCCAUGGGCAAAGGCAAACCUCAAUUAUACUGCUCAGGCACUUAUCAUAUCUGCUGCAUCCAUCGCCUCAUACUUCAUCACUGCUGAUAAAACUAUCUUGGAGUGUGCAAGGAAAAAUGCCAAGCUUGAAGAUGCUUUGAGACACAAUCAACAAUAGUUGUCUUAGAAACUGAAAGAAGUACCCAUCAUUGUUCUUGGUGCAUGAUGGUGCUACUCGUUGUAAUACAAUCAAUAAGCCUAUUGCAAAGUGUUAAUUUCUUGGUCUGUAUUUCAAGGUGCAUAUUCUUAAACAAUAUGUUUGUUUUGUAUGAGUCUGACAGAGUCGUUUGGAAUUGCCACUCCCUAUGGCUUCAGAAGUUGAAAAUCUAAGGGCCCGUUUGGAGUGGUUGAGUUUUUGAUUUUUGGGUUUUAGAGUUUAAUUGUUGACUUGAAUUGUUUUUCUAGCUUGGGUGACCAUCUCUAAUUGUCAUCAUAAAAAGAAGACUUGGAACCUACAAAAUUGCAUGAGCAGUUUCACAAUCAA